CGUGGAUCUCGGGCCGGGGAGUGGGAGUGCUGCAGCGCUCGCUAUCCGCCCCGGGGGAGGGGCACGUGGCCCUGAAAGGGGGGGUCCCGAAACACCUGGGUGUACCCCACCCCUCAACCACCGAUCGCCAGAGCGUGGGGAUCGUCUGCCUGUUCCAUGGCCGCUAAAGACUUAAGACUCUGAGGCCGUCUGAGGUCCCGGAUAUGUUCCCCUCUCCUGAAGCGUCCUGGGACCCCGGCAUCCUAAUCUCUCCCCACCCUCCACACCUCCCCCCAAAUUCCCAUCCUCUCUGCGGCCGGUGUAGACAUUAAGGACUUCAACUCCCAGCAGGCCUUGCAGUAUCAGGCCUAUGAAGUCGCAGCGGCGCGAGCUCGAGGCCUGCCGGGAAUUGUAGUCCCUAAGCCCUUUGGCGAGCUGGGGGCCCGGAGGUGGGAGCGGGGUGGCUGGACCCCUCUGGGGGCUCGCCUGGGGUCGGGCAGCUGACCUGGGUAGGGCAAGAAGUGAGACUUGGCUGAGCUUUUUCUCCCGGCCUGGGCCCCCAGAUCCGACACCCGCUCUCCACCCGGCGCGUGGGAACGGGUCCGCAGCCCCCCGUCCGCCCUGCAACUCCCAUGGGCUGCCGCCCGCCGCCGCCUCGGCUGCCGCCCAGGACCUGGCAGGGAUAAGCGCAGGGCCAGACGGCCACCAUGUCGGGGGACUAUGAGGACGACCUCUGCCGGCGGGCUCUCAUCCUGGUCUCAGACCUCUGUGCCCGUGUCCGAGAUGCUGACACCAGCGACAGGUGCCAGGAGUUCAACGACCUGCGGAUCCGAGGCUACCCCCGGGGUCCGGACGCAGACAUCUCCGUGAGCCUGCUGUCGGUCAUCGUGACGUUCUGCGGCAUCGUGCUUCUUGGCGUCUCCCUCUUUGUGUCCUGGAAGCUGUGCUGGGUGCCCUGGCGGGACAAGGGAGGCUCGGCAGUGGGCGGUGGUCCCCUGCGCAAAGACCUAGGCCCCGGGGUUGGGCUGGCAGGCCUGGUGGGAGGCGGCGGGCACCACCUGGGGGCCGGCCUGGGAGGCCCCGAUGGGGGGCGGGGCCCACACCACCACGCCCACACUACCCACCACCCCGCCGCCGCCCCCCCCCCCGCCCCCCCCGCCGCUGCUGCCGCCGGGGUCAGACCCAGCCAGACUUCCCCAGAGCUGCCCUCCGAGGCAGGGCCGGGCUCCGGGCUGCUCCUGUUGCCCCCCAGUGCUGGGGGCCUGCCCAGCGCCCAGUCUCAUCAGCAGGUCACGAGCCUGGCACCCGCCACCAGGUACCCAGCUCUGCCCCGGCCCCUCACCCAGCAGACCCUGACCUCCCAGCCGGACCCCAGCAGUGAGGAGCGGCCGCCCGCCCUACCCUUACCCCUACCCGGGGGCGAGGAAAAAGCCAAACUCAUCGGGCAGAUCAAGCCAGAGUUGUACCAGGGCACCGGACCAGGCGGCCGGCGCGGCGGCGGGGCACCAGGCUCCGGAGAGGCGGGCUCGGGGGCGCCCUGCGGCCGCAUCAGCUUCGCACUGCGCUACCUCUACGGCUCCGACCAGCUGGUGGUGCGCAUCCUGCAGGCCUUGGACCUGCCCGCCAAGGACUCCAACGGCUUCUCGGACCCCUACGUCAAGAUCUACCUGCUGCCCGACCGCAAGAAGAAGUUCCAGACCAAGGUGCACUGGAAGACCCUGAACCCCGUUUUCAACGAGACGUUUCAGUUCGCGGUGCCCCUGGCCGAGCUGGCCCAGCGCAAACUGCACUUCAGCGUCUACGACUUCGACCGCUUCUCCCGGCACGACCUCAUCGGCCAGGUGGUGCUGGACAACCUCCUGGAGCUGGCGGAGCAGCCUCCCGACCGCCCGCUCUGGAGGGACAUCGUGGAGGGCGGCUCGGAAAAGGCAGAUCUUGGGGAGCUCAACUUCUCACUCUGCUACCUCCCCACCGCGGGGCGCCUCACGGUGACCAUCAUCAAAGCCUCUAACCUCAAAGCGAUGGACCUCACGGGCUUCUCAGACCCAUACGUGAAGGCCUCUCUGAUCAGCGAGGGGCGGCGUCUGAAGAAGCGGAAAACCUCCAUCAAGAAGAACACGCUGAACCCCACGUACAACGAGGCCCUGGUGUUCGACGUGGCCCCCGAGAGCGUGGAGAACGUGGGGCUCAGCAUCGCCGUGGUGGACUACGACUGCAUCGGGCACAACGAGGUGAUCGGCGUGUGCCGCGUGGGCCCGCCCGUGGAGCACUGGCACCAGCUGGUGGAGGAGAAGACUUUGACCAGCUUCACAAAAGGCAGCAAAGGACUAUCAGAGAAAGAGAGCUCAGAGUGAGGGUCUGGCCUAGGCCCAGGAUCGGACCAGGCCCCCUCAGGACCCCACCCCUUCCUGCCCGGACCGUGAAUUCAUCUUCUUGAAGCCAUAACGUCCGAGCUGCUGGUGCGGGGCAGCCUGGGCCUGCCCUUCCCACUCCCAGAGGCACGAGCGUGGGAGGCAGGAGGGCCCAGCUCCCUGUUUCAGGGUGGGGGGCAUUCAGCCUCCACCGUGUCUGUCUUCUGUUCCUGGGGCUCCCCCUCAAGGCGAGGGCCCGUGCAUGUCUGGGGCACCCCUGCCCCCAAAGCCCCCUGUCUGUCUCUUUGCUGUUUGUCCACGACUUGGUGUCCUGACCCUCGUUCUCUUGGUGAAUGUCAACGGACCAGUCUCCUAUGUCUCCCUAGACACACACACUCCCAUGUCCACCCUUCUGUUUGCCCCACCCUGCGUCUGGCCAACCCCCACUGCUGCUGCUAUCAACGCCGGAAUAAACACUCUGUAUGGGUCUCGCUCCA